UUCAGACACGUUAUGUUGGAAGAAACAGACAUCAAAGAUAUUUUAGAAGAAGUAACACCAGUUGUUGAGAAAAUUCGGAAAUAUUUUCCUGAAACUUGGAUCUGGGAUUUGAUAUCAGUUGGUUCUUCAGGAGAUGUGUUUGUACCAGUUAACGUACCUGAUACCAUCACCGAGUGGAAAGCUGGGAUGUUCUGCAUGGCUAACACUGGCUUUGGACUGGCGAAAACAGUAGGACUGAAUGUUUUCCAACCAUUCUUUUUGGAGCCAAUACUCCCAUAUUCUGUUAUUCGAGGAGAAGAAUUUCCUUUGAAGGUCACAGUAUUUAAUUACUUGCAACAGUGCAUAAAGGUACAAGUGACCCUUGAAAAAUCUGAAGAUUUCGAGAUAUCCUCCUGUGAAAGAUGUGAAUAUUCCAGUUGCAUCUGUGGUGGUAGAACAAAGGCAUUUGUUUGGAACAUAGUCCCAAUAACCCUUGGGAACGUGAACUUCACUAUUACUGCUGAAGCAAUACAAACUAAUGAGCUCUGUUAUAAUGAAGUUGUAAUUGUGCCAACAAGGGGCAGAAAAGACACAGUGAUCAAACCCCUUCUGGUGGAGCCUGAGGGUACCAAAAUGGAAAUGGCAAAGAGUUCUCUUUUGUGUCCUAAAGGUCCUACAUUACUGGAGAACAUUUCUGUGCAACUCCCCAGUGAAGUUGUCAAAGGAUCUGCACGAGCCUAUGUCUCUGUGGUUGGUGACAUAAUGGGGAAUGCACUGCAGAAUCUGGACAAUCUUCUUGCCAUGCCUUAUGGGUGUGGAGAACAGAACAUGGUGCUGUUCGCUCCAAACAUCUUUAUCUUGCAAUACUUGGAGAAAACUGGCCAGCUAACUGCAGCAAUCAAGGAAAAAGCCAUUCGGUUUCUGGAAAGUGGAUACCAAAGAGAAUUGCUCUAUAAGCACAACGAUGGUUCUUACAGUGCAUUUGGCCACAUAGACCCCACAGGUAACACUUGGCUUACAGCAUUUGUUCUGAAAUCAUUUGCCCAAGCUAAACCUUAUAUCUUUGUUGAUGACACUCAUAUAAAUAAUGCAGCCGGAUGGCUCAGACGUUUACAGCUCCAAAAUGGAUGCUUUCGAAGUGUAGGACAUCUCUUUCAUAGUUCAAUGAAGGGUGGAGUUAAUGAUGACAUCUCAUUAGCUGCAUACAUUGUUGCUGCACUUCUGGAACUACAGACAGAACAUCCUGGCAACACAGUGACUAAGGGCCUGAAGUGUUUGCAUGCAGCUGCUCCAAAUAUUACCAAUCCCUAUACACUUGCAGUAAUGGCCUACACUUACUCACUGGCUGGGCGUAUGAAGGAAAGGAGAAUCCUGCUCAAUCACUUGUAUUCAAUAGCCAUUGAAAAAGAUGAUACAUUACACUGGGAAGAAGCUAAAAAGGCUACAAAAAUUUACAAUCCUUACAUCUGGUACCAGGCUCCUUCUACCGAGGUAGAGAUGGCAGCUUAUGUUUUGCUUGCUCUGGUAUCUGUUCCCAAUCCAUCUUCAGAUGAUAUUAUUUCAGCAUCAAAGAUUGUGAAAUGGAUCACCAAACAACAAGGUCCACAUGGAGGUUUCUCAUCUACACAGGACACAGUCGUGGCCCUUCAAGCUCUUUCCAAAUAUGGCGGGCUGACAUAUAGUGAGAAAGGUCAUAUCACAAUAAAGAUCAAGUCUAAGGAGAAUUUGGUGGGACAUUUUGAGGUAAACAAAGACAACCGCCUACUCCUUCAGCGAAUAGCUCUGACAGAUAUUCCUAGAAACUAUACAGCUGAAAUCAAUGGAGAAGGAUGUAUACUUUUCCAGACAAUGCUGAAAUAUAAUAUUCCACCACCGAAGAAUGUGCCAGUCUUCUCCAUUCAAGUGGAAACUGCUCGAAGUACAUGCAUUGAGUCGUCUAUGACCAGAUUUGAAGUCUUAAUCAGUGUAAGCUACACAGGCAAACGAGUGGUAUCUAAUAUGGCCAUCAUUGAGGUGAAGAUGUUGUCAGGUUACAUUCCAGAUAAGAAAUCAGUUCAAAUGCUUCAACAGUCUAGUCAUUUGGUGAAGAAAACAGAGGUGCAGACAAAUCAUGUCCUCCUUUACCUUGAAGAGCUAAGCCAUAAUGCCAGCAAAUUUGCCUUCUAUGUGGAGCAAGAAGUCGUUGUCAAAAAUCUGAAGCCAGCAGUUGUCAAAAUCUAUGACUAUUAUGAAAAAGAUGAACAUGCCAUUACACAAUACGUUGAUCCAUGUGUAGCAGAAGCUGAAAAAGAAAGCAACACACGAUGAGCCAUGUACAAAAAUCACAGCCCCUUCUGGAAAUAUGAUAACACAUGCUACAAUGGGACUGUAGAUGUGAAAGAAUAACACUGAUUAGAAUGGCAUUACAGCAUUAGAAUUUAUCUGAGCAUGCUGACAUAUUAAAAAUGCAAUGUUGUCUGUUUGCUUUUAAUUUUUAAAAACGCAGUGUAUUUCAGAAGUCAUUUUGCCAUUGUUUUUGAAAAUAGUGGAUUAUCGGCAGUGAACAGUAUUAAUGGUUAAACUUUGUAUAAAUGCUGUAAAACAAUCAUUUUUAUAAAGAUCAAUUUUAUUAUAUUCAAAAUCAUAUUUUAAGCUGGAUUACCAAAUUUCUGCAUAAAUAAAACAUAUAACUACA